AUGGAAUACUGUUUUUGGUACUUCACGAUUGCAGUUUUCUCAAUCUACUGCUUACUAUCGUGGCAAAGAAGACCUAAGAACUUUCCACCGGGGCCAAGAGGGUUUCCUGUGCUUGGGAUCGUGCCUUAUUUCGGAAAGUAUCCCGAAAAAGUUCUUAGCAAGUUUGCUGAUCAGUACGAAAGUCGGGUCAUGUCAUUUCGUAUGGGCCGAAUGGACUGGAUCGUACUAAAUGACAUUGAAACUAUAACACAGGCGUUGGUAAAGCAGGGAGAGGAUUUUGCUGGGCGGCCGAAGUCGCCAUUAUUCGAUAUGUUGACCAACGGUUGUGGAAUUGUAUUCGUCGAUGGCGAAAAAUGGAAGGCGCAGCGAAAGUUUGGUAUUAUGACACUAAGAAGUCUAGGAAUGGGCAGAGGGUCCUUGGAUGACAUAAUGAACUACGAAUUUGAAGUCCUCUGCCAUUUUCUAUCAAGCGGCGGGUCACAAGAAAAUGUUAUGACUCUCUUUCGGAAAGCAGUAACUAAUGUCACAUGCUCCGUUCUAAUGGGAAAACGAUACGACUACGACGAUCCAGUUUUGAACAAUAUUACAGAACAUAUAAGACCGAGUAAAACAGUCGUCAUGUACUCACCGAUUCUUCGGUUUAUCCCGCCUUUCCGUUGGACAUACAAGAAGAUAGUAAACAGCAUUGAACAGGUUACAGGUAUAACUGAUAUAAUACAUGUUAAUGCUGUCUAUAAUUUGGUUUAA